AUGGUGCCCAUUGGCGAAAUACCCGGUAUUGAUUUGCAGGCCAGCAAUAGCUACCCGCCUAUCUCGGCAUCCGGUGCUCACCGCUCAGUCUCGGAAACCCAUCUCGCAGUCACCUCCCAGGAAGAGAAGAUACGCCGGCUGGAGAUGCAAAAUGCGAAGAUCAAGCAGGCGUGGGAAAACGAGCGAAAACAACUGCAGGCAAACCGGGACAGGGCAGAAGAGGUAUAUCUAGAGGAGAGAACUCUUAUGGAGGAGGAGCGUGCCGAAUGGGAUGCAGAACGAGCUGUUCUCGAAGACGAGAUUCGGAAUCUCCAAGAGCAGCUUCUGGGAAUCACAAACGGCAUGUCUAAAAUUAGAUCGCCGAGAAAUGGAAUGGCUGCUGGCCGGAAAGUGUCCAAUGGCAUGAACGCUAUUGGCACAUUUGAGGCGGCUGGUAUGAACGGCGCGAUCCAGAACCACUUCAGAGGCGGGUGGGACAACUCUCCCGAGAGUGUGCGUGGUUCCGAGUCAUCCCAAGGAAGUGGAAAUGGUCGCACGACUCAGGCUGGCGCCUUGCAGCCCAGCGGCCAUGGCUCGGCCAGAAUAGGUCCUCUUGGUCAGCCAGAAAUCUCUCCAUUCAUUCCUCUCAAUCAGCAUCUCACGACCGACUCCUCUUCUUUUGAUUCAAUGGCGGCUCCGGACCCAAAGGAUGACACCCCAGUUCCAACGGUAGACAUCCAGGAAAUCCAUCCGGAACUGGAAGGCAUUCCUAUUAAGCAAACAGCUAUUUCCAAGUUUACUUUCAGCGACAAGCCGUCGUCAAAAUCAUCCAGCAGAACACCUUCUCCACCAGCUGCCGACACCAACUCGCCCCCAACCGUCCGGGCGAAGGAACAGACGCUCAAGGUGCUGGCUGCCGAGCCUUCCAGGAGGUUGACCAUGCACGCUGGGCAUACUCCAAAUCACUCACUCUCUGUCCUACCGUCUGCCGCCGAGACUGUUGCAGGAACUACUGCUAGCAGUAGCGGCACCAAUACACCAACGCUCCAAGCGGCUGUAGAUGGUUCGGCCAGCGACCCUUCUGCAGGGCUAGAUGAGCCAGUCGAGCCUAGGGUAACAAAAGAGACAUCAGAGGAUCACCCUGAACCACUCUUCGAACCGUCAGAAGACGGCGAUCGGGAACUGAAAGGACCCUUGACCAUCAGAAACAUGCCGGCUCAUGACGAGAUCUUCUUCCGAAGGCUGUCCGACAAACUGGAGAGGGUCAACAGCGGAGAAGAUGCUGUACCAACAGUCCUCAAACGGAGUAUCGAAGGCAUUGAGACCGAGGCUUCUAAGCCUGAUGUUGGUGCAGGCCCGGCGAACCAUGGUGGGGAUGCCGCCCAUGACUCUGAGGACAAGGAAAAAGACUCCGAGAAAGGAGAGAAGACUGAAGCUGAGGAGGAAAUUCCACUGAAGCUCAAGAGAAGCAAUAAUUUCGGCGCGCCGUUUGGAGCCUUCCGGUAG